GUUUCUCGCUCCGCCGCGGGCCAGCCAAAAGGGUCGGGAGGCGGCGGCGGCGGCGGCCAGGCCUGCGACUCGGGGCGCUCCGGCGUCGUCGCGAGGAUGAACGCGCCUCCCGCCUUCGAGUCGUUCCUGCUCUUCGAGGGCGAGAAGAAGAUCACCAUUAACAAGGACACCAAGGUCCCCAGUGCCUGCCUGUUCACCAUCAACAAGGAAGACCACACGCUGGGGAACAUCAUCAAAUCGCAGCUGCUGAAGGACCCACAGGUGCUGUUCGCUGGCUACAAGGUCCCACACCCGCUGGAGCACAAGAUCAUCAUCCGCGUGCAGACCACACCUGACUACAGCCCACAGGAAGCCUUUACCAACGCCAUCACUGAUCUCAUCAGCGAGCUUUCCCUAUUGGAGGAGCGCUUCCGGGUCGCCAUAAAAGACAAGCAGGAAGGAAUUGAGUAGCUGCUGUGGGAAGCUCUGCCCGGCCCCAGGGCUCCUCAUAGCUGUUUCCAAGAUGCCCCCACUAGCCCCAUGUCAUGUCUUGUAAAUAUAUUUCUUCUCAAUAAAGUGGUGAGAAUAA